AAUCAGAGGAAAAAACCAGGUGCUCCAAUGGCUGCUGGCCAGCCCUCCUUCUCUUCAUCACCUUUAUUUCUCCAUCCCAAUCAGUUUACCAUUCUUUAACGUAAUAGGCUGUGCUACUUGUCCCAUAUAUGAUAUUAACCCCUUUUCAUGGAAUCCAUUCAAAUCAGUAUAUCCUCUGUUUUAUCCUGGAUUCCCUUACUCAUCAGUGCUACUACUACUACUCCUCCUCCCAAACCCCAAACCUAUCUUUUCCUUGUCUAAAAUUUUCUAUGGAAAAUAGUGCAAUCACUUUCUCUCAAACCAAGCACCUUAUAUUAUCAAAUUGAAAAGAAAAGAAAAAAAAAGUAUGGGAGAAGAAAGACAUGUCGUGUUCGGGAAAUAUGAGAUGGGGAGGCUGUUGGGUAAAGGGACCUUCGCAAAGGUAUACUACGGUAAAGAAAUGGCAACCGGUGAAAGUGUGGCGAUCAAGGUAAUAAAGAAGGACCAGGUUAAGAGAGAAGGGAUGAUGGACCAGAUCCAAAGAGAGAUCUCGGUUAUGCGUAUGGUCCGUCACCCGAACGUGGUGGAGCUCCGAGAAGUCAUGGCUACCAAGACUAAGAUCUUCUUCGUCAUGGAGUACGUCCGCGGUGGCGAGCUCUUUGCUAAAGUCGCCAGAGGCAAGCUCAGGGAGGAUCUCGCCCGUCGUUACUUUCAGCAGUUGAUUUCCGCCGUCGAUUUCUGCCACAGCAGGGGUGUCUCCCACCGAGAUUUGAAGCCGGAGAAUCUCCUCCUCGAUGACAACGGCGACCUCAAGAUCUCCGAUUUCGGGCUCUCCGCCUUGCCGGAGCAGCUCCGAAAUGACGGACUCCUUCACACCCAGUGUGGGACGCCUGCUUACGUGGCACCCGAGGUGAUCCGGAAGAAGGGAUACGACGGCCCCAAGGCCGAUAUUUGGUCCUGUGGAGUAAUCCUCUUCGUUCUUCUCGCUGGGUUUCUUCCGUUUCAAGACGAGAACAUCAUGAAAAUGUAUCGGAAAAUUUUCAGAGGCGAGUUCGAAUGCCCGCCGUGGUUAUCAGCCGAGUCCAAGCGGUUAAUCUGUAAGUUGCUGGUACCCGACCCGGAUAGGAGAAUCACGAUUCCGGGCAUCAUGCGAGUCCCCUGGUUCCACAGAGGGUUUUCGAGACCGGUUGCGUUUUCGUCAACCCCAGCAGAGUCCCCUGGCCCUGUUUCUGAAGAAGAUUGGAAAACGACGUCGUCGUCGUCGCCCAAGUUCUUCAACGCGUUCGAGUUCAUCUCAUCGAUGUCAUCGGGCUUUGAUCUGUCGAGCUUGUUCGAAAGCCAGAGGAAAACAGGGUCCAUGUUCACGUCCAAGUGUUCGGCGACUGCAAUAAUGGCGAAGCUUGAGGCCGUGGCAAAAGGGUUGAGCUUUAAGGUGGCGAAAGUGAAAGAUUUCCAGAUAAGGUUGCAGGGAGCUUCGGAGGGAAGAAAAGGUAAGCUCUCGGUGACAGCCGAGGUGUUCGAAGUGGCGCCGGAGGUCUCCGUCGUGGAGUUCUCCAAAUCGGCCGGCGACACCUUGGAGUACGCCAAGUUUUGUGAUGAAGACGUUAGACCGGCGUUGAAAGAUAUUGUUUGGACAUGGCAAGGUGACCACGUCGACAAAGAAUAUAAAAACCAAGUUAUAACUAUAUAAUUAUAAUAAUAUUACGAGAACUACUCACUCUAAUUAUCAUCAUUUUUUUUUUCUUCUAUCUUAAUGGUAAAUAUGGGUUGUGUAUAGUUUUGCAAUUAGCAUGUUAAAGUCAUACAUAGUUUUGAGCUGUUUGGCUUUCUUUUUCUUUUUUAAUGCAAAAGUGAUAUUUUCUUGUAAUUUUUUGUAGUACUAAAACUAAAAGCAGUAUGGUAAUAGAAGCCCGGGACGAACAAGUUUUCUAA